UUGUCCAAUCCAUUCCAAUAUAUUUCUCCACCCAAUCAUGAAUCCACCCUCUAUGAAAAAAAAAGAACCCUCUUUCUCACUCUACUUCACUCUUCUCUUCUUUCACUCUCCAUACUAAUAAAUUUAGACACACCCCUCUCACUUUAUAAUCCAUCAUCCCCAACAAGAGUUCACCCCUUUCUCAAUCUCAUUCUUUCUCUUUCUUCUCCUCAAAUGACCACUCUCACUCUCACUCUCUUUCCACUGCUCAUUUGCCUCUCAACUGUUGGCUUUAUGGAUGUAACCUUGGCCAACCUUUCAUAUGAUCACUACCACAACUCAUGCCCCCAUCUAGAGAGCCUGGUAGCAAAAACACUCAUGCCUAUCUUCCUAACUGAUCCCACCUCUCCCUCUGCAUUCUUAAGGCUCAUGUUCCAUGAUUGCCAAGUUCAGGGUUGUGAUGCCUCCAUACUGUUGGAUUCGAAUGGCGAAAGCAUAAGCUCUGAGAUGCUUUCCGGAAGAAACUUCGGCAUAAGGAGGAGAGAAGCCAUCGACAUGGUGAAGAGAGUGGUGGAGGCCGAGUGUCCUACUCAGGUCUCUUGCGCUGAUCUCAUAAUUCUGGCUGCUAGAGAAUCGGUGGCCUUCGCUGGAGGACCGCGGAUUCGAGUUCCACUGGGUAGGAGGGAUUCCACCACUGCAAGCAAUCGAAGAGCUGACACCUAUAUUCCUUCAUCUACGGUUAGUGUAGACAACAUGCUUCGCAUUUUCAUGAGCAAAGGGAUGACAAUGGAUGAAGCAAUCGCCAUUCUAGGUGGGCAUACACUGGGAGUGAGCCACUGCAUAAAUGUUGUGAAUCGGUUGUAUCCGUCUUAUGAGAGCGAGAAACUAGGGGCUUUUGGAAUAUAUCUACGACUGAAUUGCCCGACAAUGGCUCCCUUAACAAACCUAACCUUCAUUCCUAAUGAUCUUACGCCUUUCGUAUUCGACAAUCAUUACUAUAAGGACCUCAAGGCGGGUAGAGGCUUAUUGAGCAUCGAUUCAAGCAUAUCUACAGACCCUCGAACGGCUCCAAUUGUUGACAGGUUCUCUAGAGACAGUGACUACUUCUUCUUCACCUUCUCUUCAGCUUUUGUUAAGCUUUCAACCGUGGGUGUUCCUACAGGAAAACAAGGACAGAUACGAAACCAGUGCAGCCAGCUCAAUUAGCAAGAGUGUUUGUGUAGUUGCAUCCGCAUAUAUAGCAAGAACUUAAGUUAAAUAAAAAUAAGAUAUGGGGUGAAGUGAUAUAAAAAGAACUCUGUUUGAUUUUGUUAGUCCUAUCUAGAAGAGGAGAGCAUAUGAAAAAUGUAACCGACUCGUUCGUUUCUUUG